AUGGAUGGACAUGAUACGGGAUUAAGUUCGAAUGACGGAAAUGAACCUUCGACGUCGGAAAAUUCAAUUCAAACCCAUAGAAAUCCAUAUCAGAAUUUUUUAAAACUUCAAAACAACAACCAUUCCUUAAACCUGACUAAAAAUAAUCACGAAGGAUUGGAUGUGAGAAUAAAUUGCGAUGACAAUCCCUUUGGUAUAACGAUGCAGUAUUUGGCGGAAGCAAAUGUCAGACUCGUGGAAGCCAAUGAAGAAUUAGCCGAAACCGUUAAAAGAUUAUCGCAAAAAGACUCGGACGAAAAAGAAGGAAAAACAGAUGAUAAAGAUCCGGAUUACAUAUUCGGAGAACCCGUCGAAGACAAAUUAAGCCGAUUACAAAAACAUUUAGCAAGCGAAAGAAAAGAAAAAUGGCUGGCAAUUGAGGUCAGCGAAAAAGCGAGAGUGGAUUUAGUCAAUUGCGAAAUAGAAUUAUCGAAAUCAAAUCAGAAAAUCGAAGAUCUCGUCAAAGAAUUGGAAACGAGCAAAUCGAGGAUAGAACAUUUGGAAAGGAAUGCCGUCGUGGCAUCGUGUUCGAGUUCAAAUUCUUCUUCCGUCGCGGACGAGAGUAAAACGCGUCAAAAAUCGCUCACGGAUUUCCGAGCGGAUUUAAAAGCGAAAAGAGAAGCCAGACAGAGAGCACUAUCCGCCGUGUCAUUAGAAAUGAACACUUUGAGAGAAGAGCUUAAAACGGAAAAAGCUCUCAGGCGUAAACUCGAAAGAGAAUUGAAAUCGAACGAAGAGGAAAAACUUUUGUCGACGUCAUCGCCACCGUCAUCGCCACCGGAUGCCGCCUCAUCGAUGGAAACCGUUUUAAGUGACAAUAAUUCUCUUAAAAACGAAAUAGACAUUUUAACGGAAAACGUUCAAAGAUUGGAAAACGUUUCAUCCGAAAACAUCAAAUUAAAAUUCGAAAUUAAAAGAUUGAAUUCCGAAUUGGAUUCGAUGAAUUUAAAUUUGGGAGAAUUAAAAUUUGAAUAUUACGAAGAAAAGAGAAAACACGAAAACACUCAGAGAAAAUUAAAUGAAAUUAUUGAAAAAACAAACGUUGCCGGCGGGAAAACGGUUGACGAUGGGAAAAAAUCGGAUUGGGAAGAGGAAAGGGAAAAAUUAUUUGAAAAAUACGAUCAGGAAAAAGAAGAAAUCAUGAAAAGAACGAACGCUCUCAAAGAAGUUUUAUCGAUAACGCGUCAAAUGUUAUCGAUAAGAGAGUGUCAAGUACAAGAAUUGAAAGUCCAAUUGAGAGACAUCGAAGAAUCCGUUAAGAAAACUAAAAUCAUGGAAGAAAACGGACUCAAAGUCGAAUAUGAAAAACAAUUGGAAAACAUAAAAAGUUUGAAGGCUUUGUACGAGGAAAGAGUUCGGUUGUUGGAAGUCGAACGCCUUAAAUUAGACGAACAUUUACAAAACAAAAUAAAAACGGUUCAAGAAAUGGAAAAAGAAAUUCACGAUCUCAAAAACGAUUUGGAAUCGUCGCAAAAGGAAACCAAAAACGAACGGGAAGAAAAGGAAAGCAUAGACGCCGAACUCAGGUUGACGAUAGCCGAAUGUAAAGAUUUGGAAAACGAAAUAAAUUUAAUAAACACAAUGUUCACUCACAUGCUCUUGGGUCCGUUCAAUACCGGAAACGAAACCGACUUGGACAAAUUGGCUGAACUCUUGCAGGAAAAUCACGAUUUGAUAACGGAAAUGACGACGAGAGAAGACAGUAGCGAAAUGGCAUCCGUUCUACCCAAACUUUUGCUCGAUUUGAUAACGCAAGUCGACGGUUUGACCGAAUGUAAAACCGACGUCAUGACGGAAUCGUGCGAUACAAUUUCGGAUCAGAGCGAAAGUUUGCUAAGGGAAAAUCAAGGUGCCGUUUUACCCAUCGUGUCCUACAAAGACGCGAAAUUGUUUAAAACCACGACGACAGUGGCCGACGAUAAAGAAAUGGAAAAUUCCCUAACGGAAUGUGAAAUCGAAAACGUCAACAAAUUUGAACACGUCGAUCCGGCCGUACAAGAAAUCGUAUCGAACUUGCCCAAAGUAUGGAAAGUUUUGAUGGAACUCCUGAGUCACCACCAUCAUUCGGUACCGGAAGAGUCCGUCAGGGGAGACGAAAAGCAGUGCUAUAAAAGUGUCGACACGCCGAACGGUCCCAGAACUGUUAUUAGUGUGAGUAAAACGUUUAUCAGGCUCAAGGACCUCAUACUUGAAAAAAAAUCACUGCAAAAAGAAUUGAGCAGGUUGAAACAGUUGAACACUCAUUUGGAAACCCGAUUGGAUGACCAAGAAAAGAGGUUAUCUCAAGUUCAGUGCGAAUUACAUAAAACAUGGGGUAUAGUCGGUAGGAUGAGAGCACAACACCAACAGCUACACAACCACGAAAAAAUUCUAAGGUACGAACUUCAGGAAAAGAGAGUUAUGUUGAGCGAAUUGAAACAAGAAUUGGAAUACUGCCGGGACAAAUGGGAACAAGCGAGGCAGAAAAACGACGAAUCGGAAACGGAAUGGAAAAAACUUCGGAGAGAAUUUGCUGCUAGGAAAAACAAAGGAUAUCCAUCGAAUCUCAACGAUUCCGGGGAAAGUGGAUUUUCCGACGAACAAAACGAAAGCGGAGAAGAUUUCGAAAACGACGCGGAUAGGAGUAACACGCAAUCACCCGUCGAUUCGAACAUGUUGAACGCGGAGAGGGAAAGAAACGUCGAGGACUACAAUUUCCCAUCGUCGUCGACGCAAAAAGAUGUUACAAAUACAUUUGAAAGAGAAGAAGAAGUCGCGGAAGACAACAAAUCAAACCGUCCGAAUCCCGUUCGUUUAAAUAAAUCCGUUCAAUCGCCGAACGCCGAAGAAGAUGUCGUCAGCAGAGAAAGAGCAAGAGAAGCGAGAGAUUUAAGGCUGAGAAAUUUAGAGGAACAGUGUAAACUAUUAGUCAGACAAGUCGACAUAACAAAACACAAAAGCAAUUUUUUAUCCAACAGGUUGGAAGAACUUCACGAACAAUAUGGAACCACCACCACCACCACCAACAACCCGACACGUGAUGACACUCAUAAAAAUCCAUCGAAUGAAGAAAAUUUAUCGUCGCGCGAAGCCACGUCGUCCGGAGAACCGUCACGUGGUACGAGACAACCGGAAGUUAAAAACAACCAAGUGAUAACGGCCUCUUCUGAUAAUUCCGACGACGACGACGACGAUUCCAUUAUUGACGAUUAA